GGUAAAAACAGAGGGACAGGAAAUCCCGGGACACCAGGCUUGGACUUGGAGUUUGGAGGGAAGUUCGAUUUUUUGGCUCUCAAGAAUCCAUCGCAAUUAACUAAGCAUCCAUCUCCAUCCAAAACCCUAAUACUGUCUUUCUCUUUCUCUUUCUCUUUCUGUAGGAGUUGCAUUUCACAUUUGAGAUUGAGAUUAAUCUGUGGUUGUUAUUUGAAAUCACUCUUUAUGUUAGAUUUUGAUUUGCAUCAUGGAUGUGCAAAUGGCAAGAAAUAGUAAAAAGAUUGGUUGUAGUUGAUCUAAAUAAAUCUCAUAUUUGAAAUCAUUUCUCGUAUACGUUUUGCAAAAUGCAAAAUCAGAGACAAGGUUGAUUGGUUGAAGAGAAAAUGUCAGAAAUGGUUGUGAUGGAUCCCAGCAACUUCCACUUGCAGAAGAAGCAGCUCACUCAAAUUCGCAAGGCAGCUCGGGUCUUGCGAGAUCCAGGAACCACGUCUUCCUGGCGGUCUCCGCUCAGCACCGCCAGAUCUCUAUCCCUCUCCGCUGCGACGCCCCCGCCACCUCAGCCGCCGCCUCCACCGCCCCGGCCGCCGGAGGAGUCGAGGAGAGUGUUUCUAUACAAUUGGAGGAGUGCUAGUCAGAAGGCGAAAUCGUCGGUGAACGGUGAGAACGAGGACGAUGAAGACGGCGUUGAUGGAUCGAGCGUGGAUGACAGCUUGAGCGAUUGGCGGAAUGGCGUGGAUUCCAAGAGCGACACCUACAUUGGCGGCCGGCGGCACCGGCGGCACCACGCUUCGAUGAUCUUCAGAUGCAGAGAUGCGAAUCUGGUGGCAAUGGGCAGACCUAGUGGGAUUAAGAAGAAAAAGGGCAGCAAGAAUGUACACUCCAUUGCUUUGUUGAGACACCAGCAGCAGCAGCAGCAGCUCAACACUGCUCGCUCCGGCAAUUCGAAGCGAUUGCUGGAGGGGAUUUUAGGCCGGGACGACUCAGUGGAGCAGUCGGAUGACACUGAAGAGUACUACAAUUCCGAGGAUUUCCGGAGAAUUUGCGAGGCCUCUCCAUUGCUGUCAAGGCUGAGGCAAAGGAAUUGGUCUCGGUCCUCAUCUAGAUUGCUGAGGAGCAAACGAAAAGAUGACUCUUCUUAUUCGUACAGUACGCCUGCAUUGUCCACUAGCUCUUAUAAUCCGUAUGGCAAUCGAAACCCCAGUACUGUUGAGUCCUGGGAUGGGACUACAGCCUCCCUACACGAUGGGGAUGAUGAGGUAGAUGAUCAGUUGGAUUUGCCGGGCCGGCAGGGAUGUGGGAUUCCUUGUUACUGGUCUAGGAGGUCAACACCAAGACACAGAGGGAUAUGUGGGAGUGGGAGCUGUGACUCCCCUUCGCUUUCUGAUACUAUAAGGAGAAAAGGAAGUAGCAUGUUGUGUGGGAGUCAGACCAUAUACCCCAGGCGCCAUGGGCUGCCGUUGGGUUCCAAGAAGAGGAGAAGUGUUUCAAUGACUCCUCAGGGUCUGCUCCCAUUGCUGACCAACAGUUGUGAUGGCCAUGGAGGGUCAUCUAUGGGAACUGGGCGAAGUGAUGAUGAGCUUUCUACAAAUUUUGGGGAGCUAGAUUUAGAGGCCUUGAGUAGGUUGGAUGGGAGGAGGUGGUCUUCGAGUUGUAGGAGUCAAGAGGCUAUGGAGCUUGUGGCUCUAAAUGGGGAGAGGGAAGAGGAAGGUAGCCCUGAAAAUGUUAGGAGCUUGAGUCAGAAAUAUAGGCCAAUGUUCUUUGAUGAAUUGAUUGGUCAGAAUAUUGUUGUUCAGUCCCUUGUCAAUGCCAUUUCCAGGGGAAGGAUUGCCCCUGUAUAUCUUUUCCAGGGUCCCCGUGGGACAGGGAAAACAUCCACAGCUAGGAUUUUCACUGCUGCUUUGAAUUGUUUGGCAGUUGGAGAAACUAAGCCAUGUGGGAUCUGCAGGGAAUGCAGUGACUUCAUAUCUGGAAAGAGCAGGCAUUUUAGGGAAAUUGAUGGCACCAAUAAGAAGGGAAUGGACAGAAUGAGGUACCUUUUGAAAACCAUGCCAUUUGGAACUCCAUCGCCUCUUUCACCAUACAAGGUUUUUGUUAUUGAUGAGUGCCAUUUAUUGCCCUCUAAGACUUGGCUUGCUUUUCUCAAAUUUCUUGAGGAACCGCCACCACAAGUUGUGUUCAUAUUCAUAACACCUGAUCUUGAAAACGUGCCUCGUACUGUACUUUCACGGUGUCAGAAAUACCUUUUCAACAAAAUCAAAGAAGGUGAUAUUGUUGCCAGGUUGAGGAAAAUUUCUGAUGACGAGAAUCUGGAUGUUGAAUCAGAUGCAUUGGAGUUGAUUGCCUUAAAUGCUGAUGGUUCCCUUCGAGAUGCAGAAACUAUGUUAGACCAAUUGAGUUUGCUGGGGAAGAGAAUCACUACGUCUCUUGUAAAUGACCUUGUGGGUGUUGUUUCAGAUGAGAAACUACUGGAACUUUUGGAGUUAGCCAUGUCAUCAGACACUGCAGAAACAGUGAAAAGAGCCAGAGAGCUAAUGGACUCUGGAGUUGAUCCAAUAGUUUUGAUGUCUCAAUUGGCCAGCCUUAUUAUGGAUAUCAUUGCUGGAACAUAUCACAUUGUUGAUGCCCAACAAAGCGAUUCAUUCUUUGGGGGACGAAGUCUGACAGAGGCAGAAAUGGAUAGAUUAAAGCAUGCCUUGAAGCUUCUCUCAGAGGCUGAGAAACAACUAAGGGUUUCAAGUGAACGUUCAACAUGGUUUACGGCAACUCUCUUACAGCUUGGUUCCCCUUCACCUGAUCCUACUCUGUCUGGCAGCAGUAGGAGGCAGAGCUCAAAGACAACUGAGGAUGAUCCAUCAAGUGCUUCUAGAGAUGCUACUAUUGUUCACAAGCAGAAGCCUAAUGCUCACCAUAUGCCUCGGAAAUCAUUUUCUCCUAUUUCCAUGCCUAAAUCGGCUGAAAAAAAUUCCACCCAUCAGGGGGAUUUAUUGUCCCUAGUUGAUGGUUUUAAUUUCAAUGCCAAGCCUGUGCACAGUCAAUUUAGGAAUAGUGGUGCCUCUGCUUCCUCACAUGAUGAUGUUAUGAUGGGGAAUCUGGUCUUUAGAAGCAUUAAUGCAGAUAAGUUGGAUGAUAUCUGGGAGCGGUGUAUUGAGAGGUGCCAUUCAAAGACACUGAGGCAGCUGCUACACGCUCAUGGAAAGCUUGUAUCAAUCUCUGAAGCUGAAGGUGGUCUGGUUGCUUAUGUUGCAUUUCAGGAUGAAGAUAUUAAAUGUAGAGCUGAGAGGUUUCUGAGUAGUAUCACAAACUCAAUUGAGAUAGUUAUGAGAAGUAAUGUAGAAGUUAAAAUAAUCCUCUUGCCAGAUGGUGAAAUUUCUAUGAAUAUGAAAGCAGUUGGGUUGCCAGAUACUUUGGGCCUGAAGCAAAGGGAAACAACUGCAGCAGUCGAAGGGGAAAGAAAAGCAUUCAGCAUGAAAGGAAUAGAUUCAGAUCUAGACUCCUCACAUCAGGAGCUGCUUAAAGUAUCCAGAGGAAGCUUUAAUGAUUCUGAAGGUAAGCUGAGAGGUGGAUCACGAGAUCCUUCUAAUUGUUCUCCACUGCUAGAUAGAACAUUUGGACCUACAGAUGAAUUGGCUGAAGGGCACAUUGAAAGAAGUAGUACAAAAGAGAGGAAUCAGGAGAUUCCAAUGCAUAGGAUUGACUCCAUAAUUCGCGAACAGAGAUUAGAAACUGCAUGGUUGCAGGUUGCAGAGAAAGGCACACCUAGGUCGAUGAGUCGGUUGAAACCUGAGAAGAAUCAAAUCCUGCCCCAAGAUGGUACCUAUCGUCAAAAUCAAGUUGAAUCCAUGAAUUCAGUAGGUGUGCCCUCUCAGAAAUGGGAAGAUGAACUAAACCAUGAAAUCAAAGUUUUGAAGAUCAAUGAUAGAAGGGCCCUUCAGAAGGACCCAGUUGGUAAAAGAGUCGAUCAUUAUCCCAUAUCUCCAAGCUCACUUCAUGAUAGCAGCUUUGUGGCCAAUUUCAACAAAGAAAGCAUGGGAUAUGAAUCAGGGACUGGAAGUGUAGGUUGCAACAGCUUUUUCUGUUGGAAUAACGACAAACCUCCUAAAAGGGGAAAGAUUAAACAACGGCCUCCCCUUCCAUCACCCAAAGUUGGACGAGGACGAUUCCCAUGCUUUGGUGAGUGUGGGAAAUCAAGGAAGACAGACAGCAGAUUCAAAACAUAACCCAGAAAAUUCAGUUAUUCUUCUGUAUUUAUUUUUCCAGUUUAGCCAUUCUUCAGGAAUAUGGGGGAAAAAGAAAGGUAAUGUAAAUGUAAUGUGUUUGGCCUUCUGCAUUUCUUUAGAUCCAGCCAAUUUUUCUGGGAUCAAUAAAGGAAAAGAGGGACAGCAAAAAACUUUGAAUAUUUUCUUUUGUUCUUUCUCCAUCAAUGAGGCCUCAAUAAACAAAAGACCAGUUUGAUUCUGACCUUGUUUGGCUCGCAGAAAAGACGGUAAGGUUAAAAGAUCCUAGACUCUACAAGCGUUUCUCAGAUCAGCAUGGGUCGCUGCUAGAUUUUCAUGUAUUUCUAGGCAUUGUUCCAAGACUGGGUAUUCAAUUGCUCUUUCAUUUUGUUGAGUUAGGGUUUGUAAACUGCCUACAACCAACUCUGUACACCAACAUCGGGUAGAUUUUUGUUUCGAGUUUUGGUGUUAUUACUUUCUCAUUGAUCAUUAGAGCAUGAUUUCA